AUUGCAGUUUUAGUUUCAAUCAAAUGUGAAGCGGCAUGAUUUAAGGGUGUUCGAAGAGCCUGUUAGACGAGAGUCACCUGGGUGGGAGUUUCAAGCUUUAGUUUUUAGAUCAAAGUUUUAUACACACCGAUAUAUACUGAGCUGCAACUGAACACCACAUAAUAAAGUUCGUCAUGGACGUUAUUAUCGAUGACGGGCCUUUUCUCGAAGAUAUGAUGGACCGUCCAGAUCGUCCACGAUCGCAUACUUGGCCACUUCCAGAUCCAGGAUUGCUUGCAGUGGACACUAAGACUGAGGCUGAGCAGAGCCCAGAACCAUGUCAGUCUCAUAUCUCAGUUCAGAAUGAAACUCAGGAAAGUAUCAAGAAAUAUGGCGAGGGAGCGAGCCCAAGGAAAAAUAAUCGCAAGAAUGCAUGGGGAAAUUUGUCAUACGCAGAUUUGAUAACACAAGCAAUUGACAGUUCACCGGAGAAACGACUGACUUUGUCCGAUAUUUAUAAUUGGAUGGUUAAAAAUGUUCCAUAUUUCAAAGACAAGGGAGAUUCUACAUCCUCUGCUGGCUGGAAGAAUUCUAUCCGCCAUAACUUGUCACUACAUAGCCGUUUUAUGAGAGUUCAGAAUGAUCAGAGCGGGAAAAGUUCUUUCUGGGUUCUUAAUCCUGAUGCAAAACCUGGAAAGUCACCGAGAAGACGGUCGGGAUCAGUUGAUGGAGCAGGUAAGGCGGAAAGGAAAAGAGGUGGUGGGAGGAAGAAAAACACCGCUGGAUCGCCUGAGGAAUUCGGUAGCAACCUCUCUCCUCUGGGUUCCGCAUCAUCGAGCUCAUCACGUAACAGUAAAAAGAAAAGUCAGUCGAGCGAUUCAGCCGCAGCUACGUCCCCUUGUUCCAGCACCGACUCAUUGUCCAACUUACCAGACCUCGACGAGAACGGGGGAAACUUCAUUUUGACAGCAGAUAGCUUUACGCGCCCUCGGUCUACGUCUAAUGUUUCUACUCACAGUAGUGUCGGCCGGCUAACACCGAUUCCAGGAGAAGAGCUAGAGGAUGAUUUUGUUUCGCUUUCAGAUGCAGAUCUUAUUGUGGGAAGUAGACCGAGGGGUGCAUCAGAUGCGGAAGCAACUGCAAGCCUUGUUGAGUCGAUGACUUUAGGUCGUCAGACUGACACAAUAAAUCUCGAUGAAAGCCUCAAAUUUGAUUCAAGUUUGAUAAAUGGUGGUUGUGGAUAUGCAGAUGAUACAGCUAGAACGCAUUCUGAUAGUUUUUCUUCUGUUCAAAGUGGUGAUUCUGGCUACGAAAGCCCAGCAUCUUAUUUUGUGACACCUGCAGUCCAGACCAAGGCAUCCAUGCCUCAGCUUCAUACCAUGAUGCCAAUGCAGAAAGCCCCUCCACCAUAUCAGACACCACAGACAAACCAGACUCAAUUCACACCUGUAAGACAACAGAAACCAACAAAUAUAUUUGGUAGGAGUCAAUUAGCCUCUUGUGGGCCUGCUGUUCUUAGUGCAGACAGAAGAAAUCAAGGUUUUUUCAACCAAGCCAGCCAACCUCAGCUACAAAUCAACCAGCGAGGAUAUGUCUCUUCUCAGCAGCCAACAAUGAGAAGGCUUCAACAUAUGCCUCUUAAGGCCAGUAUACCUUUCUCUGGAAGCUCUCAGACUACAAGCCUCACAUCUCUGUCAGAUCCUUAUCUACCAACCACACUGGCUGGACUGAAAGAGGAGAGGAAUGUGACAAUUACUAAGAGCAGUGAUUUGUCACAGUGCCAGUGCUUUUCUAUGCCAAUGGAACAAGAUAGUGAUCCAUUUCCAAGUGAUUUAUCACAACUUGAACUUCAUGAUUUCAGUGAUCGAUUUCAGUUGCAAAGAGAUCUUGAAAGUAUAAUUCGUAAUGAAAUGGGGGAUGGAAGUUUGGACUUUGAACCAACGUAUGUUAAUGCAACCUCAGUGAAUACGAUGGCGAUAGCUGGCCAAAACUGGGUCCACUAAUCUUUUGAGGGCUAGAAUACAAAUGGCUUUGGACACUGUGUUUCUCACUGGCAAAGCAUUUGUCCCCUUGCAUCCAUUCAGAUGGGAUAUGGUGUUGGUACUGACGCUAAUUCAAGGUGGAAAUAUUGGCUCUUCUAAUAGACUGUCACCAAAUCUCUUGACUUUGAGACUUUACAAGCUCAUCUAGAUUGGUGAGAAAUUUCAUCAUUCUUUAUACUUUUGUAUUCAUCUAAAAUGGGGGAUUUAUAAGCCAUUUUCAGUAUAAAUGAUACUAGUUGUGUCGUAUGAAGCCAUAGUGUAUAACAGCCACAAAGAAGAAUUUUGUCAGGGUUCAACAAUAAUUCUACAGCUGGUCUGUUUGAAUACAGCCCACACAUCAAGCAUCAACAUUUAAUACUAGUUUAUGAUUAAUUAAGUCAAAAUACUGUGCCUCCCCUCUGGGUACAGGCAAAUGGUUUUGAUUUUAGAAUGUAAAUUAGGCGGUUUUUGUUAAGUUCCUUUGCAAUAUUUGAACCACAGACUAAAUGUUCUUUUUAAUUAUGGAAAUGCUCUCAUGGAUGAUCAAACUGUACACUUGCUGAUAUGAUAGAGUGUAGAAUAUUAGUUAGUUCAGUCUACUGAAAUAUGCUGCUAUAGUUGUGUUCAUUGUACAUCUGUAGUAUUUGGUUUCUACUGAACCAUUUUAGCCUUAAACAAUUUGCUGUCCAUUUCGAGAGUGAACACUCUAAUAGGGAUCUUUUCUUCCAUUUUAUGUAUUUUCAGCAGACUAACAUAUUUAGGAUUAAGCUAUGACCCUGUGUGUACAUAUUUGAUGCUGUUUACUAAAACCUGUAUAUAGCAAAUUGAUAACAAUUAGCACAUUAUAUUUGAUUCUUUAGUUCUGGUGUUUUCAUAAUGUUAGUAGAUCGUCAUUAAAAGAAAGACCAUGAUUUUGUUGGAGUUGGAAUCAUUCACUUUUAAUUUGGGACACAAAUUAACCAAGUGUAUGGCAAGUUUCAUAUGUUUUUCGUAUUUCGACGUUCCUAUUAGAUUUUUUCCGAACACACUAGAGACACACUUCGCUUCUCGCGAAUCCUCAUUUUCUGUCGAUCGAAUUACAUGUCCUGCCAUUAUCCACUUGCUUUCAAUGAUUUGUUUUUUUAUGGUGAAGCUAAAAUUUUGUUCAAGGGUUCGCGUGGAAUAAAGAACCAUUUUACCUGCAGAAUAAUUGAAUAUAAAUUAUUUCUUGCGUUCUUGUUGCUUGCAUAUAAACAGUGUUGUGUUUUGACGUGACAAGUAUAAUUUUGUUUUGGACUUUCUCGUUAGUUUUGGAAUAUUUUUUUUAAAAGUAAUUGGUAAUAUAGAUCUUCCGCGAAUCCGAUUCUGUAGGCGGUUUAUAUAAACUAAAUAAUCAUGUAACUUUAGAGUUUUACGCUCAAGGUCUUGCUCCAUGAUACACGAUUUUAAAAGUCGCAGUUAUUUAACAUUAAAAUGUAUUGAAUGGGAAAUCAUUGAAAGGACAAUCCAGCCUACACGUUGUCAUUAAAUUAAUACGUCUCGCUUCUCACCCCCUAUAAUUUUUGUUAUUUUCAUUUGUCAUUAUGUUUUAUCCUAUGAUCGGC